AUUCAGUUUCUGGCUUUCGUUUUGUGCUGACGGUGCAACGUGUGUAAUUUUCUGGUGAAAAGUAUUUAGGUUGAUCGAGGAUUCUUAUUUUCGGACGUGUUAAAUUCUAGCAGUAUAACGUAGUGGCGAGCGUUCCCGUGAUAAAUUGACGACAUCUGCGGAUAAUAAUGGCAAACAUUCCCAAGAAAGAACAUUCAGAAGAAGCUGAAAAUGCUAUUUCAGUGUUGCGGGCCCUAGUUUUGUCCAAAAAGGGUCCAUCUACUGUGCACGGCAUUUUGGCAGACUAUCGAGAAUUGGAAGGCGGGCCUCUGAUGUACAAAAAGUUCGGAUAUCCCAAUGCAGAUGAGUUCCUAAAAUCCACCGGAGAAUUUGUCGUUCAGAGCAGGAUGGGUGAGACUGUGAUUUUUGUCAAACCCAGUAAAGAAUCAGCACAUAUUCUGAAAAUGGUCGCGGCUCAGAAAACCACAAAGACCAGAAAGUCAGGGUUUUCUACGAUGCGACAACCUCAGAAACGAACAGGAGGCAAUAAUUGGAAUCCCAGUGCGUACAACAAAAUGUACUCUCAGAUGCCGAACAAAGCAACUCAAUUCGGUCAGAGGAAAUAUCCCCCGUUAUCACAGAAUAACUAUCAGCGAUACACGAACAAUCCUCUCAAGCCAUUUUUCCAGAAUACUCCCCCCACUGGUGGUGGAUGGACGAACAACAAUCGUUACAAUAUUCAAAACACCAAUGGAAACCAACCUAAACCUCCAAUGACAAUCAAAGUUGCAACAACGUCAGCACCAAACUCCAAACCUUUCGGAAACAAUGUCCCACAAACUACGAACAACCAACGACAGAUUCGCAUCGAAACUAACAAUAACAACUCGACUUUCAAGAAUUUCAAUAAAUCGAGUCCAGAUUCUGCCAAGACAUCUCAAAUUACGCUAACGUCGAAUGAUCUACGACACAUAAUCAACGAUCGAUCGCCGCAAACACCACAAAGACAAUCUUCACAAUUCGAGUUGAAGAGUCAAGAGUCACAGUUUGCUCCUCGAUCAUCCGAUUAUCGUAAUGAUCAAAGCUUAUCUUCUCCUACAAAGGCCACAGCCAAAGACAUUCAACAGAUGACGCUACCCGACCCGAGCAAUAAGCAGCCACACGUUCUACCUCCGCCUUUUGUUGCGCAACCACAAGACCACCGGAGUGUAAAUUCCAGACUACAAGUAUCAAAAGACGUGAUGCCUACAUCGCCUCCUGUCCAAAAAAUGGUACAGAAAGUGUAUCCCUUGCGUGAUAUGACGACGAAUUUCGACGAUUCGGUAAGGGUGCCAAUACCGGUGACGCUCCCCACGAUUCCAGGGCAGAAAACGCUACAAGAUCGCCUGAAGAUUAAACAGCAAAUUGACAGCUCAGAUUUGGAAAAAGCUGCCAGAGUGAUCACUGUGCAUACUCCGGCUAACAAUGCGAGUGAUAUUGAACCCAAGUCCCCGACAUCCAACCCAGUAACACCAGUUGCAACAACACAAACAGCCCGCUCGAAAGAACCAUUUUCUUGGAAUCAACCGACGGCUACACCGAUAGAGCUGUUGUACAGAUAUGCCAAGUGUAACGAUCUUGAUCGUCCAAUUUACACGUACUACAAACUGAGGAACAAGCGCAUACAGUGUCGCGUGAUGGUAAACGAAUCAACAUACUCUACAUAUCCCGAUGAUUUUGCCAAUGAAUUUGAAGGACAAUUCGCCGCAGCCCAAAUCGCUAUCGAGAACAUAAAACGUGACGAAGAAAGAAACAACUACUCCGUUUGUCUCGAUUCAGAUUACGAGAUCGCUGUCAAAAUUCACGAACUCUUGACUCAGUGUCCACACGGCAUGUUCAGCAAGAAUAUUCCGGAAGCAUUCAGACAAGCGCACCAGCUAUUGCUUCCGGAUCACUGGGAACUUAUCAUUAUGUCCCAGUAUUCGCAUAUGUUUUCCAAAGAAGACGCUCAAGAAAAUACAAUCCUGUUUGCAAAUCCUCAUGUGGAAAAUGAUUCCUCAAAUUCUUCGCCUUCGAUUACGUCUGAGGCAAAGUGCAUGACGGCAAAUGUUCUCAAACUACCUUGGAAUGACCAGUACUGGAACUUGUACAUAACGAAUCCAGUUUCAACAGUGGAAAUAUGGGCACGGCUAGUCGGCUCUGAAUACAGCGACAAAAUGGAUGGACUCAUAACGGAUAUUGAGCUAAGUAUGAUGGGAAACGAUAAACCGAAACCCAGUAUUGUCAGAAAUGGAGAGUAUUACUUGGUACAGACCCCCGAUAGUUGGCAUCGAGUGCGUGUAGAUGAAAUUGACUACAGCAACAAUCAGGGAGUCUGCUUUUUCAUCGACCUUGGCGAAUGGGAACGUGUAUCACUGGAUGAAAUCUAUGUGUGCGAUGCCAAAUAUUUGGAACUUGCUGGACAAUCUGUAUGCUUUAGUCUUGAUGGUCUUGAAGAUUUCGGAGAGAAUCCGAAAGCCAAGCCACAUCUGGACAACCUGAUUAGCGGCAAAGUGUGCAUUGGCGAAAUUCUCACGCCCCGAAAUGAGUAUGAAAAAGAUAAUGAGCUCAACAGUGUCGGAGAUGUCCGAAUUAAAAUGAUUUUGUACGAUACAUCAUCCGAUGAAGACGUCAAUUUGAAUCCGGUUAUUCUAAAGCACAUUUGUGAUGAUACUCCUACACCGGAAUUGAACAAAAAAGGUGUUACCACCGUGGUCGUCACACACGUUGAUGAUUCUGGGGAUGUGUAUUGCCAGCUGAAAGACGAUGCAAUGGUCUACAUACAGAAACUGAUCAACAAUCUGGUUAAAUCAAAUGCCUUGGAAGGAAACCAUCGUGGUUUGUACAAAGGUAAAUCGUCUGCACAUCAGCUGUACUUGGUGAACGAUGAAAAGGACAACAAAUGGUACAGAGCGUCUUUGGAAGCCGAAGAGUCCGGACCUUUCUGUCGAAUGCUGUAUGUCGAUAGAGGAUUGAAAACGUCGGUAAAUGUUUCGAACAUUUAUCGACUAGAAAUGCUAAGUGUAGCUUUGAGCCGUUAUCCAGCACAAGCCAUUAGGCUGCGAAUGUUCGACAUCCCUGAAAUCACCGACUACCUGUUGUCUCGGAUGCGCGUUCUUCUGAAACCAGGUCUGACUGCUAUGGUAAAGGUGGCCGCUCUGUCGGUAAUUCCUUUGGUGAAACUUUACGUGCAUCUUGAGCAAACGAAUAUACUGGUUUGUAUUAACGAUAGCAUUCGAUCAGAAAUGGAACUUGAAAUAAGUUCCGAAAUAAUCAGCAAUCCACGGAUUACAUCCAAUGAGCUCAGCAGUAACACAUCCAAUGCCAGUUCGAUCAAGUUGAACACAAGUUUCGCUUCCGAUUAUUCAAUCGGUAGCAACGAAGCGGCUGAACUUUCUAGAAGCUUUAGUGGACUGAACAUUGAACAGAGGAAGCUAAGUAGUCCUGUUCCAUCGCAAGUGACGCCUAAGCUAGCAAAGUUUCCUUUGCCCGGAAUCAAGGAGCUGUUUUAUGUGUCUGUGACGAUAGCAUCCAGUCCGAAAUAUUUCAUUGUGCAGCCAUACUCACAUGCUGUGCAAUUGAAUCGAAUGAUGUUAGAGCUACAAGAAUAUUGUAAAACAAAAGCAAGUCGCGUUCCGAAAGACAGCGUUGAACAGGGAGAAGUUUAUGCUGGUAUCAAGAGCGAUGACGGACACUGGUACAGAGUUAUUGCUGUGAACAUCCUAAGUGGAACUGGAUUGAUCCACGUAUAUUUCUGUGAUUUCGGACAGAUUAGUGUCGUAGAUAGCGAAUCACUGCGAAUCCUACCUGCUCAUUUGCGUACACUCCCGCAACAAGCUGUAAAAGCCCGACUGCACGGUGUUCAACCAGUACAUGGUGACUGGACGACGGAGGACGCCGUACGAUUUCAGCAACUGACCGUUGAUAAGAAAUUUGCCAGCUACAUCCAUAACAUUACAACUGACGAAUUCAGCCCGAAUGAAGAAAUUGUCGAUUUGAUGUUGAUUGACGUUUCGACUGAAGAGGAUAUUUUUAUACACCAAAUUUUGGUAGAUGAGAACCGAGCUGUUUUGAUCAGCAAGUAGCAGACGCAAGUAAUCUGGCGGUGUUCAAAAUACAGAGUCAACAUCGUAAUGUCCUAACGUUUUGCCUCAACGAGCUAGGGAAACUUUGCAAUAUGGGUGCUCAGAAUACAAGGAGAUCAUCAUCAUACAGACAAGGCAGCGCUGCUAUGAAAACGACAGAUCAACAAACUUGAUCAAAGAGGAGUUUGCCAAAAGUAACUCAAAUACAAGGGAUGCCGGAUGCGCCUGGAUUUAGGAGUAUUGCAUCUGAAGAUGUACGUGAUCUUCUAUCACCAGUUAAACAACUGUGCCUUAAGUAUUUUCCUGCGAUAAGGAAAACUCGCAUGAAAGGUUUAUACAGUGUUUUUUAUAUUAAAUUAUAUGCCUUAGCAAUUGUUAUUUCUAUCUAUUGGUCUAUAAUACGUAUUUAUACAGUUCACCUGAUCCGGCAAAAUAAUCAUUCCAUUAAAUAAUAAUAGAAGAAAAAUAUAUUAAAUUUAUCAAAUCAUAAACAAUCAAUCACAAGGGACUGUUUCCAAAACGAAUGACUUAUCUCAGAAUUGCCAAGUUGUUUUAUAAACGAAAUGACUAUAUUUAAAAUGUACCUUAGAGCAAAAUCAAAAUUGAUAACUGAAUGUGAUGAAAUAAAUAUUAAAGGCCUCGUUUAAUACAUAUUGUUAAUA